CGCAGACAGAUGAGUCCGAUUAAUAGUCUGUGGUUCAAGUGGAAGAGCCUCCGAUUACCCUGGCGAAGAUCCUUCCUCGUCGGGCAUGAUCUCGCGGGAAAUACAUACUGGGAAUUCAGGGACAGACUGAAUGCAGGCCGUUACCGACGGAUACUCAAGCCUCCUCCUAGAACCCAUUAUGGCGACGUCGAAGUGAGCCAACCACCGUCGAUCCAAGAACAGCAGGAAGAUCUCCUGAGGCAGCAAAGAAUCCAGUUACUAGCUGAUAUGCAGAAGAAGAAAUGGGAGGCAGAACAAGCACGAUUGGACGCGCCAACAACACAACAGCCACGGCCUGCAACACAGACGAGCAAUCCGACAAUGAAAGCGGCCUCGAAUGCACCUGCACCAGGAUCGGAGUCUAAGCCCCAAACGAAUGACCCAGCUCAAAUCAAGGCCUCGGCCCAAGGAGACCCUUUUUUCCGGCCCAAGGACGCACCAGGCGAGAAAUGGCAGCCCGAGACAUGGACUCCAAAGCCGGCCAAUAGGUGA